CUCGCGGGGUUUAGCGUGGCACCGGGAGGCCGGGCCCUGAGAAGGGGGUGGGGGUUCGUUAUCGGCGUUGGGCUCCGGCCGGUGUGGCGGCGCUUUCUCCUCUGUGCACGGGGAGCUGCUCAGGCUGGAGGCCAGCCAGGUGAAGAGCUCGCCCGUUUGUGUCUCUUGCCGCCGCCUCGGUAGCGAUGGGGGCGCAGGACCGGCCGCAGUGCCACUUCGACAUCGAGAUCAACCGCGAGCCGGUUGGUCGCAUUAUGUUUCAGCUCUUCUCAGACAUAUGUCCAAAAACAUGCAAAAACUUCCUUUGCCUAUGCUCAGGGGAGAAAGGCCUUGGGAAAACAACUGGGAAGAAGUUAUGUUACAAAGGUUCUACAUUCCAUCGUGUGGUUAAAAACUUUAUGAUUCAGGGUGGGGACUUCAGUGAAGGUAAUGGAAAAGGUGGAGAAUCAAUUUAUGGUGGAUAUUUUAAAGAUGAAAACUUUAUUCUCAAACAUGACAGAGCGUUCCUUUUGUCAAUGGCAAAUCGAGGGAAACAUACCAAUGGUUCCCAGUUUUUCAUCACCACAAAACCUGCUCCACACCUGGAUGGGGUUCAUGUUGUCUUUGGACUAGUUAUUUCCGGUUUUGAAGUAAUCGAGCAAAUCGAAAAUCUGAAAACCGAUGCUGCGAGCAGACCUUACGCAGACGUGCGAGUUAUCGACUGUGGGGUGCUUGCCACGAAGUCAGCCAAAGAUGUAUUUGAGAAAAAAAGGAAGAAACCAACUCAUUCAGAAGAAUCGGAUUCCUCUUCGAAUUCCUCUUCCUCUUCAGAAUCAUCUUCAGAAAGUGAGGUUGAACAGGAGCGAAUCAGAAGAAGGAAACAUAAGAGGAGGCCAAAAGUUAAACAUUCUAAGAAGAGACGAAAGGAAGCAAGCAGUUCCGAAGAGCCAAGGAAUAAACACACAGUGAGCCCAAAAGGUCACUCUGAGAGGAGUGAUACCAAUGGGAAAAGGUCCGUGGAUUCGAAUGCUAAGAGGGAAAAGCCGGUGGUCCGCCCAGAAGAGAUACCGCCAGUGCCUGAGAACCGGUUUUUACUCAGAAGAGAUAUGCCUCUUGUCACAGUCGAACCUGAACUGAAGAUUCCUGAUGCUACACCCACUGUAAGUGAUCAGAAACCAUCUGUGUCAAAGUCUGGACGGAAGAUUAAAGGAAGGGGCACAAUUCGCUAUCACACACCGCCGAGAUCCAGGUCGUGUUCGGAGUCGGAUGACGACGACAGCAGCGAGACGCCCCCUCACUGGAAGGAGGAGAUGCAGAGACUGAGGGCCUACAGGCCGCCCAGUGGGGAGAAGUGGAGUAAAGGAGACAAGUUAAGUGACCCCUGUUCAAGCCGAUGGGAUGAAAGAAGCUUGUCCCAGAGAUCGAGAUCAUGGUCUUACAAUGGGUAUUAUUCAGACCUUAGUACAAGACACUCCGAUGGUCACCAUAAAAAACACAGAAAAGAGAAGAAGGUUAAACAUAAAAAGAAAGCUAAAAAGCAGAAACAUUGCAGGAGACACAAACAGACUAAGAAGAGAAGGAUGAUUGUGCCAUCUGACAUAGAAUCCUCAAAGUCUUCCACCCGGCGGAUGAAGCCCUCUGGUGACAGAGAAGGGAGGUCGCGGUCUUCCUCAUCCACCUCUCAUCACUCGUCAAAGCGGGACUGGUCUAAAUCGGACAAGGAUGACCAGAGCUCUUCAACUCAUUCCAGCAGAGACUCCUACAGAUCAAAGUCUCACUCGCAGUCUUACUCUAGAGGAAGCUCAAGAUCAAGGACGCCGUCAAAAUCCUCAUCACAUUCUCGAAGUCGAUCCAAGUCCAGGUCCAGUUCCAAGUCAGCGCACCAGCGGACGGCAUCAGAGUCGCCGAGAAGAACAGCCUCUCAGCUGAGUGAGAACAAACCCGUUAAAGCAGAGCCUUUGAGAGCAGUAGUGCCACAAAAUGAGAGCAUCAUAGUACCACCACCAGUGGUGGCAGAAAAUAUUCCCGUAAUUCCGCUGAGUGACAGUCCCCCUCCUUCGAGGUGGAAGCCUGGGCAGAAGCCCUGGAAGCCCUCUUAUGAGCGAAUUCAGGAAAUGAAAGAGAAAACAACCCAUUUGCUGCCCAUCCAAAGCACUUACAGUUUAGCAAGUAUUAAAGACACUGGUGGCUCAUCAUCCUACCACAAAAGAGAAAAGAAUUCGGAAAGUGACCAGAGUGCUUAUUCAAAAUACAGUGACAGAAGUUCAGAAAGUUCACCAAGGUCAAGAAGCAGAUCCUCCAGGAGCAGAUCUUACUCCAGAUCGUACUCCAGGUCACGAAGCGUAGCUAGUUCGCGUUCGAGGUCUAGGUCUCCCUCCUCUAGAUCUCGUUCGCGGAACAAGUACAGUGACCGUUCCCAGUACAGUCGGUCAUCGUCGUACUCUUCUGUCAGCAGUGACGCCGGCAGGCGAGCCAAGAGGAAACUGAGGUCCCGUGGGAAAAAAAGUAGCGCUUCAAAUAAAAGGCGCAGCAGCAGUUCUGAAAAGACACUUCGCAAUAAAUAUGUGAAGGGCAGAGACAAGCCGUCGUGUCAGAGAAAGUACAGCGAAAGCAGGUCAUCUUUGGAUUAUUCUUCGGACAGCGAUCGGUCAAGUGUUCAGGCUGCACAGUCCGCCCAGGGAAGAGGGAAGCAAGUCCAGACGGAAAUGAAUAAUAAACAAGAGAAAAACAGAGAUGGGGGAAAAUCCAAGCCUGAACGGGAACGCCCUCGUUCAAAAAGAACUCUGAAAGGGGAUCUCUCUGAUCACUUUAGAAAUGGCGGUAAGCCUAAAAGGAAGAAUUACGCCGGGAGCAAAUGGGACUCAGAGUCCAAUUCGGAACGAGAUGUAACCAAAAACAGUAAAAGUAACUCCCGGCCGUCCUCCGAUAAGGAGGAAGGGGAGGCCACGUCAGAUUCCGAAUCAGAGUUGGGUGAAACUCACACCAAAGCCAAACCCACAGCAAAGGCUUCGGCAGGCCCUUCGCCGGGUGACGGCAGCGGUGCUCGGAGGCCGGGCAGACAGCGGCCCUCGGCCUCGGACUCGGAGGGGUCCUGUCUCGACUCGGAGCACCCUCGGGGGAAGCUGCGGAAGCGCAAACACGGGUCAAAGGAGAACCUCAAGAGGGAACACGCCAAAAAAGUGAAAGAGAAAACAAAGGGCAAGAAAGAUAAAAAGCACAAGGCUCCAAAACGAAAACAGGCCUUCCACUGGCAGCCUCCGCUGGAAUUUGGGGAAGAGGAGGAGGAGGAGGUUAGUGAAAAGCAAGUGACUCAGGAGGCACAGGAGAAAAAACAAGUGUCUGAAAACAGCGAAACCACAAAGGAAAACACCCCCCAACCUGAGAAGCCCCGUGAGGAUGGCAGCCUCUCAGGUAAACAGAAUGCGGCGGCGACCCCCUCGGAUGCCGAGCAGCCGGCCGACGACGACGGUAAGCUCAGCGCCUCCCCCGCACCUUCACGUGCAGAGGAGAAGGUGGCCGGUUCACCCCCACGCGCUCAGCCUGUCGAAGACAGUGUGCCCAGCGGAGUGGAGGACGUGUUCCAGGCCGAUGACAACAUGGAGAUUUGCACCCCGGAUAGGAGUUCCCCAGCAAAGGUGGAGGGGGCGUCCCCUCUGGGAGGUGUGCAGCAGGAUGUGCCCGAGGUAGACCUCGUGAAGGAGGAAGUGCAGGCGGAGCACCCCGAGGCAGAGGCGCGCACGCAGGACAGCAGCGUGACCGAAGGCCCCGCGGUGGGCGAGGCGGGGAAAGUGGACGGCGGGCCUGCGGGCCCGGCCGGCGCCGUGGAAAGCACGGUGAGGAAGGAGGUGGCCGACAGGGGCCAGCUCGGCCUCCUGGACAAUAAGUGGAAGCCCCUACAAGGGGCGGGCCACCUGGCAGCACCGGCGGCUGUCACAUCCAGUGCCCUGGAAGGCAAGGCACUGACCGCUCUGCCUGAAGUGAAGCCGCAAGGCUUGAGGAUUGAAAUUAAGAGCAAAAAUAAAGUGCGGCCUGGGUCUCUCUUUGAUGAAGUAAGAAAGACUGCACGCUUGAACCGGAGGCCGAGAAAUCAGGAGAGCUCAAGUGAUGAGCAGACGCCUAGUCGGGACGGCGACAGCCAGUCCCGGAGUCCCAGUCGGUCUCGCAGUAAAUCCGAAACCAAGUCGAGGCACAGAACACGGUCUGUCUCCUACAGUCAUUCGAGAAGUCGGUCGCGAAGUUCCACGUCAUCUUAUCGGUCAAGAAGCUAUUCUCGAAGUCGGAGCAGAGGGUGGUACAGCAGGGGCCGCACGAGAAGCCGGAGCAGUUCCUCCCGCAGUUACAAAAGUCACAGGACGUCCAGCAGGAGCAGAUCCAGGAGCAGCUCGUAUGACCCCCACAGCCGGUCCAGCAGGUCCUACACGUACGACAGCUACGACAGCAGGAGUCGGAGUCGCAGCAGAAGCCAGAGGAGCGACAGUUACCACCGAGGCAGGAGCUACAACAGGCGGUCCAGGAGCUGUAGGUCUUACGGCUCUGACAGCGAAAGUGACCGAAGUUACUCUCAUCGCCGGAGUCCCAGUGAAAGCAGCAGAUAUAGUUGAAAACGCCCCCUUUUUUGAUACAGAUUAUAUCUUAUUUGUAAAUAUCUGGUAACUUAAAAGUGUAAGAAACGUAAUGGCAGUCUGUUGUUCUGUUUCAAUAUUAGAGAUGAAUUUCAAAAGUAGACACUUAUUAAUUGUUAUUCAUUCCUUGUGUGCAGAAUUUAAAGUACAGAUAUGUCUCCUAAAAAUAUUUUUAUGCCACAUUUUACAGUAGCCAGCUACGGAAGUGAAAUUUCAUUUUCUUGAAUCAAGAAACCAUGAACUCUUCGUAUAAUUUGCAAUAUUAUUUUGGAUAGACUAUUUCUCUCCAUUCACGUAUUCCUUAGAGUACGGAUUCUUUCUGCCCGUUGUCAGGUUCUGGUAUGUGUGCUGCCGAGCACAGGCCCGUGGAGAACUGUGGAAGGCGGCCAGGUGUCCGCACACCCGGUCCAGAGCCCAGUGCGCCCGUGCUCUUGGAGACACACCACCUGGCUGCACACCGCCGGCAGCCAGGAUAGGGUGGUGGCGCUGGGGCUCUCCGCUCCUUCAUUCCUCCUCUGUCGUCUCCGAGGACCAGGAGAGUGGUCGUCGAACAGCCUGCUGCCUGUACUACUUCUGGCUAGCAGGCGAGGGUAAGAGGAAUAAACCAGCCUUAACUCUCAGUACCUACACUGUCUCCAAGGGCCCACCGUUCACAUGCUUUCUAAUCAGUAAGAUCAGAAGUUCAGACUG